ACGUCUGUAUGUGAUAAAAAAUUAAAUAAACAAGUAAUUGAAUUCGAUUGACUAAAACGCUAACAAAGUAAAACAAAAAUCAAAAAACCCCCCAAAAAAAAAACAUCCAUCAUGUUGGACUGGAAUCCGGAGGAAUUGGAAAAUCUGCUUACUCCUCUUAAUAAAUGGGAUACUACAAUGGAGAUACGAAAUUUGGAAUAUUUUCCCUUAUACGGACCUUUCUAUGGCGUCAUGGGUGUUGCUGCGGCCAUCGUCUUUUCUGCCUUUGGAGCGGCUUAUGGCACUGCGGUUGCUGGCACUGGAAUUGCAGCCACUGCUGUAAUGCGUCCGGAAUUGAUCCUGAAAUCCAUUAUACCCGUUGUGAUGGCUGGUAUAAUAGCCAUUUACGGCUUAGUUGUAUCCAUACUGAUCUCUGGAAGUUUGGACACUGCCGAAACAUAUUCGUUGGCAAAAGGGUAUAUACACUUGGCUGCUGGUCUCUCGGUGGGCUUUUCUGGACUGGCAGCAGGAUAUGCAAUUGGAGUUGUCGGUGAUAUUGGAGUACGCAAUACGGCUCAGCAGCCAAGAUUAUUUAUUGGCAUGAUUUUAAUAUUGAUUUUCUGUGAAGUCCUGGGUCUGUACGGUCUCAUUGUGGGAAUCUAUAUGUACACCGUGGAAAUUGAUUAAAAAAGAUUUUCACAAUAAGAGACCAUGAAUAAAAUAUAUAUUAAAAUUA